CACUUCAACCUUACAGGCGAUACAGUUGGCAACAUGAUUUACUCGUGUAUGAUGUUAAAUACGUGCAACACCAAACAGAUGAAAGCACAUGACUGCAUGCAACAGUCUGAUGACCUGGCAAUCCUAGGAAAAUCACAGGGAAAAUGUUGUGAUUGGUAGUUUUAUUCUCAUUUAUUUUAACCAGAGAGGUUGUUCGUAUGUUUAAUGCUGGUAUCUAACCGUGUUGUUCGAAGAUGUCUAGGUGUAACGUUUGGUAUCCAGGCGUACAUCCAGUCACAAACAGGAAACGGUACGCGUUUAGGCACAACCUGUUCUCCCAUCAAAGGCUGUCACCUAUUUAAAGGUUUAAGCACACCGUGCCCUAAAGGACUGCAUACUGUAAUGGGCCUGACUAGCACGUUUUAGUACUCUAACGUUACGUCCUCGUCUUCUAAAGACGAUUUGUCUGUCAUACAUAUAGUAUUGUCAUUUCUCUACUACUGUAGAUCCAAGCAGGUGUCUGUUUGUUGGUUCACCUGGGUUUGGUGACAUCAGCUUGCGCGGUAAUGCUGGGAUUGGGACUUGGACAUGGCUGUACCUGCCAGAACCUAGUGGGUGUAGCCUUAUCAGAAAAGUGCACACGCACAGGGCAGUUAUCAAGUAUGUUUCAUGUAGUCAGAAACUGAAAGACAUGAUAUUUCAGUCCUGUCUCUGUCUGUGCGCAUUAAUAAGUAAAUCCAUGGAGGCACACGAAGGAACAUCCACCUGUUCUGCUCUCCGUGCCUUCUCUGUAUUCCCUUUUUUCCUUCAAGAAAACAUGACUUGUGAGUUAUACCAACAAAACUCUAUAUGGAUUUGUGUUCAUUACAAGGGUUGGUAAAUCAGUCACGGAAAUAUAAGGAACAACAUGACCUCUUUUUUGACUAUGGGUUAGUGUCCUUUUAAUCAAAAACCUGCUGUGGAUUAUGAAAGAUAGGCUUGAAGGGUAUAAGCAGAUAAAAGGAGUUUGGACUUGUGAGAGGGAGUUGGUAAGUUAAACAGGAACCAGUCUUGGAUCAAAACCCAACGUCAGCUUCGCUUAUGCAGGCCGGUAUGGCACCUAAAACGGCUGUUUCGGAGCCCGUUCCGGUGCUGGAGAUAGCAAUAAUGUCUGAUAAGGAUCCGGAUGCAGAGAGAGAAAGGGAAGAGGAGAUGUCAGACGAGUCGGCAAGUGAAGAUUCUGUGAAUCACAUCUCAAAGCGGUUAUGGAUCAUGCACGGUGCCAUCAUGUUUGGGAGAGAGUUUUGCUACGCCAUGGAAACAGCCCUGGUAACACCUGUGCUGUUGCAGCUAGGUCUCCCGGAGCAGUACUACAGCUUGACCUGGUUUCUCAGCCCGAUCUUGGGUUUAAUUUUCACACCCGUGAUUGGCUCAGCAAGUGAUCGUUGCACUUUAAAAUGGGGAAGGAGAAGGCCUUUUAUUUUGGCUCUCUGUGUGGGAUUGUUAAUUGGACUGGCAUUAUUUCUCAAUGGAUCUCUUAUAGGUCUGUCAGUGGGUGACGUCCCCAACAAUCAAACUAUUGGGAUUGUUCUGACUGUGCUUGGUGUGGUGAUUCUGGAUUUCUGUGCUGAUGCUUUAGAUGGACCAAUAAGAGCUUACCUCCUGGAUGUGGCCGAUACUGAUGAACAGGAUAUGGCUCUAAACAUCCACGCUUUCUCAGCAGGUCUAGGAGGUGCUGUAGGUUACAUGUUUGGAGGGUUGGACUGGACCAAUACCUUACUGGUUCAAGCUUUCAAGGCCCAAGAGCAGGUCCUCUUUUUCUUUGCAGCCAUCAUCUUUAUCAUUUCCACAACGCUUCAUAUGUUCAGCAUCAAUGAGCAUCUAUAUAACCCCGCCCAGCAAGAGGAACUGAAGGAUGAUGAUGAAGACGAGAUGCCUUCUAUUAAGCCCUGUAGCAGCUUUGCAUCCACGCGCCUCUUUCCUCAGCUAGAACUCAUUCCGGAAGAGGAGCCAUUUUCAACCAAUGAGGACGAUCGGUCAGAGCAUGAAAUUCCAGAGGACUUUUUCGACAUAGACUUAGUGCGAAGUAAAAGUGACUCGAUUCUAGCAAUGCCAGAUGCUACCAUAAAGCUUGAUGCAGACUUAGACUUGGACCUCGAAGGCCAGUUCCUAAAUGACAUCGAACCAGGUCUGUUUCAGGACUUUUGGGUUCCCCGAGAGGAUGUAGCAGCAUCGGACUUCCAUCAAAACACUAGCCAGUUUGCGCAAUGCAGUGACCACCACUUAGAUAAGCAUGGUAGCAAUGGCAAAAGUCUUCCUAGAGUAACCCAUACUGGAAAUGGACACAGAACGACAAUUGCAGGUGCUAGUCAGGCAGGCAAAGUCGGUUUACGUCAUUACGGUGCAAGUGCUGCAGUUCGUUGCCGCCACCCUUCCUUCUACCGCCAGCCAUCUUUCACCUUCUCUUAUCAUAGACGUGGAGGCUAUCAGUGGCGCCGUCGCCACGCCAACAUGGGUGGACCGAUCAAAUCGUCACAGAGCCUGAACGACCUCGAUAAAGUAGUAAAGCGGCACGGGAGGCGAAAACUGCAACCGCGGGGCAUCAUCACGUCUCGCAGAAUUGAAGAAGAUGAAGAAAGCGAGGAUGAAGAUGAUGGUACGACUGUCAAACUGUUGUGGUUGUCCAUGCUGAAGAUGCCUCCACAGCUUUGGCGUCUGUGUGUUUGUCACCUUCUCACCUGGUUCUCCAUGAUCGCACAGGCUGUGUUUUACACUGACUUCAUGGGCCAAGUUAUCUAUGAAGGAGACCCAACUGCUGCUGCUAACUCCACCGCCUCUCAGGACUACAAUAAAGGUGUACAGAUGGGCUGCUGGGGGCUUGUGAUCUAUGCAGCUACAGCUGCUCUCUGCUCAGAUGUGCUUCAGAGGAUUCUCGACAGGUACGACCUGAGCACAAAAAUCAUCUACAUGUUGGGGACUCUAGGCUUUGCUGUUGGCACAGCCACCAUGGCCAUCUUUCCAAAUGUAUAUGUUGCCAUGGUGAUGAUAAGCACAAUGGGAAUGAUCGUCAUGAGCAUGUCAUACUGCCCAUAUUCUCUGCUGGGACAGUACCAUGAAAUCAAAGAGUAUGUUCACCACAGCCCUGGUAACUCCCGGAGAGGUUUUGGCAUCGACUGCGCCAUCCUGACCUGUCAGGUGUACAUCGCUCAGAUCUCUGUUGCAUCUGCACUUGGUGCGGUUGUAGAUGCUGUUGGUUCGGUUAGGGUGAUCCCCAUGGUGGCAUCAGGAGGCUCGUUUCUUGCUUUCAUUGCUGCAGCGUUCCUUGUCAUCUACCCAGACACUGAAGAUGAUGAUGAUGAUGAAGAAGAUGAGCAAGGUCCUAGCUCUAUAAAGUCAAAUACAGGGUCCAAUAAUGGUACAGAGAAAAUGGGCAAUCUGAAGUCAACGUCAAGGAACGGUGCAGGCAAUCCAGAGGUUGAAUCCUCGGUUUAAGUGUUACGACCAGAAAUACAUUUAAAACAUUAUGUAAUGGUUCAAUUAACAAAUAUAAGGUUCAAAUAUGUUUGGCCUGCUGAUAAAUACAGGCACUUUUUCUAGAUUUAUACACUUUUGCAUAAGCUGAAUGUAAGGCUGUAGAUACGAUACAGAGACUUUAUUGGGUCGAAUAUGUGACUUGUGAUGUUUCAAAAGCUAUGUAAUAUUUGUAACCCACAUUUUCAUUUUUCAGAAUGGAAUGCAUAUUUUAGUUUUGUAAACUUUUACAUAAAGUCGAGUGUACUAGUUUUACUUCACUACAGUGUAAACACCAUGCUGUUUUUUUUGUUUGUGUUUUACUGCUCCACAUGUACAUGCCACAUGCAGUGACAACCCAGUUCAUGUUUGUUGUUGGUUGAUUCAGUGUUAAGAUACAGUAUGUUGGAUUAGUUUUACUGUAUUUACUUCAUUACACUCAUUUGAUCAAACACUCAGGGGAAAGCUGAACGGCUGCUGUGAGCGCAACACGCUCUCUUUAGACUUUGACUAUGCACAAUCCCAAAAUGUUUGUUGUGUGCUAACAAUUUUGGGAGUGGAUUUGAGAGUUUAGUUUGAUUUUCUUAGGUAUAUGCUAUUUUUUAGGUACAAAGGGUAUGAAGAUUUGGCUGCCCCCCUAUUCCAUUGCAUGAGUGUUUGGGGGUACAAUGAAGAAGCGUGUUCAGCUGUUAUUGCAAAUCUUUCAUCAGCAUUACAUUUCAAUGACACUCUAGUAGUAGCUGUAUUUUUAACAGCCAAAUAUAAUAGGCAACUGUUUAAGGUGUAGUUUACUUAUGUGGAGUUUGACACAAUCUUUGAAUCUGCUUCUAUUUCAAGAAGACAGGACAAUGGUUUAUCUUCUGUAGCUGCACAAAUUUCCUGACAGUGCCUAUGUCAUGUGUUUGUGGACUCAUAAAUGUAACAUUGCAAAAUGUUCAAUGCUAAUAUAUUGCUGGAAAUUGACAUCUGUUUACAGAGGUCUGUAGACUUUGUAUACGGUCUCUUAUACAGGACGUCUUUCUUUUUGAGUGUGUGUUUCAUUAACAAGGUGUACACUUUAUCUUUCCUUUUUUUUUUGCAUAUGUGGUACUGCUUUAAACUUUAUUCUAGUGUUCGAACCAAAUGGAGAUUUUUAUAGGUACCAGAUGUUGAUUUUUUUGUGUUCAAUUUUGAUAAAGAGUUUAUCACCAA